GACAGCACCAUGAAGUCAGUGGGCGUCCUCUUCCUCCUCGUGGGGCUCCUCACCCUCUGGACGGAGCUGCCGGCUGCCACUGAGCAGAAGCGAGUGAAAGCUGGGACCUGCCCACCAGAUUACUCAAUGUGUUAUCGGAGAGAAACUGAUGAGUGUGCCAUGGAUUAUGACUGCAAAGAGCAGAAGAAGUGCUGUGUUUGCCGUUGUGCCAUGCGCUGUGUGGAACCAGCAGAAGAGACUCCUGGGACUUGUCCAGCCAUCACUGUAGUUUGUCCCAUGGUUGAUCCUCCUAACCGCUGUGAAAAGGACAGCAAGUGUCCAGAAAACAAGAAGUGCUGUGACACCGGCUGUGGGAAAGAUUGUGUUUGGCCUCAGAAUGGUCCCCAUCUCUUCUAACACAUCAGUCAUAUGUAUACAGCUCUGCGCAUAACUCCCUGCUUCAUGGAUAGGCUGAGGGCAUCCCGAGGACAGCGCUGACCCAGAACCCUGUGUCCUGGACUCUCCAGACCCCUGCAGGCUGUAUACUGGGGCUCAAAUGGAGCCUCUGGCACAAUUACAAAUAAACUUG